AUGGGCACCCGAGACGAUGUCACCUCAGCCAAGGUUUUGGCUCCAGUGGCUGUGUAUUGUGGGAGUGUCCCUAGGACCAGUGCUGGGCCCCGAGGGACCCCGCCUGGAGGCAUCAACUCCAAUCUGCCAGCUUAUGGAGAAGCCUCCCUCCAGCCUGUGCCAAGUGUCCUGGUGAGCAAUGAGAAGCCACCAGAGAUCUUGAGCGGCCAUGGGGAUGCAGGCAACCUCAAACUGGACAUCCCUCUAAAGGACUGGAAGGCUAGGAAUGGCCACCCCAGGAAUCUUGGAGCUCUGACUUUAGGGCCUUGCCCCCUGGCACCUGCUACCUCUCUGGAGUCAGAGGCCAACAGUGUGGCCCGGGACACCAUCCAGAUCAAGGACAAGCUCAAGAAACGGAGGCUUUCAGAGGGCAUGGCAGCACCUUUAAGAGCCUUGCUGGAUCCCGGGGGAGGCCCUAAAGGUGUUCUUCUGAGGAGCACCAUCCCGCGCACCACCUCUCAGAGGCUGCUGAAGGUGCCCAGGCCGAUGCCUCCCAUCCAGAGCAUCCCCACCACCCCAGAGGCCAGCGGAGCCAAAGAGAAGAGCCUGGACCUGCCGGGGAGUGGGAAGGGUCCCCAGGAGGUGAGAGCUAGGGCCCAGGAGGUGCAGAUUUCCCCACAAUACCUGCAUUGCAAUGACGAGAAGAUGCUGAAGUCACUGGGAGGCAUCGUGAUCCCACCCAUCCCAAAGGCUGGGAUGCCUGCGGGGACCUCCUCUAGUCGGUCUGGCUCCCUUCCCAGUCCCUUGCCUCCAGGAGGCCAGCACGUCCUCACAGGACUGAGGGUCCCACCCACACGAUUGGUUCGGGAGAGUGGGCCUCGGGAGAAGACCCCUAGAUCUUUGGAGCCCAAACCUUUGGCUCCACCCAUCAGAGACAGGUCUGCCACCUCCUCCGAGAAGCCUGUCCUGGCUUCAUCACAGUCUGCCCCUACGCUGACAGCCUUCUCUUUCAACCACGCCAAAGAAGAGGACCAGAAGGAGACCAGCACCAAGAUCCAAGUCACCAUCUCCAAGUCUGCACAGGAAAAAAUGCGGCUGAAGCAGAUGAGAGAGAUGGAGUUGUUCCGGAGGACAAAGGAGCCUGACAGGGAGAAGGAACUCGCUUCCCAGGCCCCCGGCUCGAGGAGAACCCUAGUGAAGGAAGGCCUCCUUCCCCUACGGGGCAGUGGGACCCUGUCUGUACCCACCAGGAUGAACAGCCCACGCAGAAACAACGUUGGCAUCAUCUUGAGGAAGCGGGCCAACCGGUCCUCUCUGCCCAGCAUCCCCAUCAGCAAGCAGGAGCCCAGCUUUGCCCGCCAUGCUUCAGCUAACUCCUUACCUGCCGUGCUCACUCUGGGGUCUCCUGAAUGGGAGGACGAGGAGGACGAGAUGGGUCUGAGAGCCUUCAAGGAGUUGAGGCCUUUCUCCAACCCAGAGCUGGGCUUGAUGGACGCCCUCCAGUGCCUCAACAGCAGUGAUUGGCAGAUGAAGGAGAAGGGCCUGGUGAGCGUCCAGCGCCUGGCGGCCUGUCACUCGGAGGUCCUGGCUGGGAGGCUGCACGAUGUGUCCUUGGCAGUGACUGGGGAGGUCUCCAACCUCCGCUCCAAGGUGUCCCGCCUGGCCAUCAGCACCCUGGGUGACCUUUUCCGGGCUUUAAAGAAGAACAUGGACCAAGAGACUGAGGAGAUCACCCGCUGCCUGCUCCAGAAGAUGGGGAACACCAGCGAGUUCAUCCAGCGGGCAGCCAACCAGGCCCUGGGUGCCAUGGUGGAGAACGUGACCCCUGCCCGUGCCCUUGUGGCCCUCACCUCAGCAGGCAUUUACCACCGGAACCCAUUAGUCCGGAAAUGCACCGCUGAGCACCUCUCAGUCGUCCUGGAGCAAAUUGGUGCAGAGAAACUUCUCUCAGGCCCGAGGGACAGCACUGACAUGCUGGUGCACAACCUGGUGAGGCUGGCUCAGGACUCCAACCAGGACACCAGGUUUUAUGGCCGGAAGAUGGUGAAUAUCUUGAUGGCCAAUGCUAAGUUUGAUGCAUUUCUGAAGCAGUCCCUCCCAUCACAUGACUUGCGGAAAGUCAUGGCGGCCAUCAAGCAGCGGGGGACAGAAGAUAAUCAUGAACUUCCAUCUGCCAAAGGUCGCAAGGUGUUGAGGAGUCUGGUGGCAUAUGAGAACGGCCUACCCACCGAGGACGGGCUUGGCUCCAAUGGCCCACGGCGGGUGGGGUUGCGCUCCUCGGCGUGGGGAGGUGCGGAGGCAGAGGAGCAGCUGCGGGAGCUGGUGAGGCUACUGGAGGCCAAGGAGUACCAGUCGCGGAUGGAUGGUGUGGGGCGGCUCCUUGAGCACUGCAAGACCAAGCCAGAGCUCAUUAUUGCCAACCUGGUCCAGGUCUUUGAUGCGUUCACCCCAAGGCUUCAGGAUUCCAACAAGAAAGUGAACCAGUGGGCCUUGGAGUCCCUUGCCAAGAUGAUCCCCCUCCUCAAACACAGCGUGCAUCCCAUGCUGCUCUCCCUCAUCACGGCGACUGCAGACAAUCUCAACUCAAAGAACUCGGGGAUCUGCACCGCUGCGGCUGCUGUGCUGGAUGCAAUGAUGGAGAGCCUGGACCACCUUUGCCUCUUACCAGCGUUUGCUGGGAGGGUGCGCUUCCUGAGUGGCCGCUCAGUCCUGGAUAUCACAGAACGCCUAUCAGUGCUGGUGGCCUCAGUUUAUCCCCAAAAGCCUCAGGCUGUGGAGCGGCAUGUUCUUCCUGUCCUCUGGUACUUCCUGAACAGCAUGACCAUGACCGGAAAUGGCAUCCUGCCUGGGCGUGGUGGGAAUGUCCGCACGGUGGUGUGUCAACUGUCUCGGAGCCUCCAGGAGCAAAUGGGCUCCCGCCUGCAGGACUUUGCCAUUGGGCAGCCAAAGCAAGUCCUUAAAAUGCUCCAGGAACUCUUAGACACAGAAUCCCCAGGAGGCGGCCACAAGGUCACCAACAGGGAGACACCACCUGACAGCAAGAUGACUGGCAGCUCAUGCUGAUUUCAGCUGGAUUAAAGAUGGGCCUGAAAUGGGCCCUUGUUAUUUUUUACCUUAUUUUAUUUUUAUGAUGGAAUGAU